AGUGCAGAAGAAAACAGGACGACCUCGAGUCUACUCCUUGCAUUGUGUCAGUCUACUAGGAGUACAAUACAGCGUAUGCUCACUCUCCGUGCGAAUAGCUAGGAAUACAAGAAAGCAAUAAGCAACUGAGGACCAGCCGGCGACCGUCGCGAUGCCGUCGUCGGAAGCCGGCGUUCAGGAGGCGGAAGAGCCGAGGGAGUCAUCGGAGUACAAGCUCCGGAAGCAGCUCUUGCUGCUGGCCGCGCUGGUGGUCAGCGUCACCUACGUGGCGGGGCUGAACCCACCAGGCGGGGUGUGGCAGCAGGACGGGCCUGCUCCUGCUCCUGCUCCGGCUCCGGCAGCUGCGGCCGGCGGUGUCAGCAUCAAUGCUGGGGCACCUAUCCUCCGGUUCACGCACCGCCGCAGGUUCCUGUCGUUCUACUACUGCAACUCCACGGCGCUCGCCGCGUCACUCGUCGUCAUCUUCCUCCUCCUGCUCAAGAACCCCAACAGGGUCCAGCUGACCGUGCUGCGCCUGGUCAUGGUGCUGGACCUGCUUGGCCUCAUGGGGGCCUACCUCGCCGGCAGCUGCCGGGACAAGCCAGCCACCGUGUACACCACAUCGCUCGUGCUCGCGCUCUCCGCCUACGUAGGCGUACACAUCCUGCAGGGCUUGUCACACGACAGCUCUCCAUCUUCGCCGGCGGCGGCGGCGGAGGAGGAGGAGGAGCGUAAGGACGGCCGUGUCCUUCUCAGGCCCAAGGAACAGCGCAAGGUCCUGUUGCUGCUCGCCACCUUCGCGACGGCCAUCACCUAUGUUGCUGGGCUCAACCUUCCUGGGGGCUUCUGGGACACGUUCGACGACGACGGCCGGAGACGCCACGGGCACCGCUACCGCCCCGGCGAAUCACUCGUCGAGGCGCACCACCGGGGCCACCUGAGGAUGUUCUUCUACUGCAACACCACCGCGUUCGUGGCGUCCCUCUUCAUCAUCGUGCUGCUCUUGCACCCGGAGAAGAAGAAUAAGCUCACCGCGAGCUCCACGCGGUCGUUCGCGCUGCACGUGUUCGUCCUCGGCUCCCUCCUCGGUCUCAUGGCGGCCUACGAUGCCGGCAGCUGCCGAGACAGUGACUGCAGUGUCUAUGUUGUCAGCCUGUUCGGUGCUGUUCUCGCAUUCAUCUUCCUUACAAUGCUGGUUAUCAUGUCGGUGAAGGGUCUCAGCUGUGCCCAUCCUCGAAACCAUGCUCCGUCGUCCCCGGCUCCGGCAGCAGAUUGGUCAUCUCACACUGACUGUGAUCAUCGUGACGACGACGAUGAGGAGCAUGGCAGCCAGACAAUGUCAUCCUCACCGCCGCCGCCACCGGCAACGUCGUCGCCAAAUGGACAAGAAGCUGGCAGCGUUGGUAGCAUCAUUACUGGAGAUGAGGCGGCGACCGUCCAUCUCGAGAAGAAGAAGGCAAUAAAGAAGGUGAAGUCUCUGAUCCUGCUGCUCGCCAAUCUGGCGACCACCAUUACAUACCAGGCAGGGCUGGACCCGCCUGGUGGGUUCUGGCCAGAGGACGGCGAGGGCCACCGUGCCGGCGACGCCAUACUCCUGUCGAAAGACCCGGCACGCUACAAGUAUAGAUUUCCAAACGGGCGGCCCGGCCCUAACCUGGCCCAGGCACUAUUCGGCCCGGCCCUAUCGUGUCGUGCCUUGUUGGGCCGUCGUGCCAGCCGUGCCGUGCCAAAUAGGGCCGUCGUGCCCAACCCUCGGCCCAGGCACGGCCCUAUGGAGACUUGGUCGUGCCGUGUCGUGCCGAAGGCCCGUCGGGCCUCCCAGGUCCGUCGUGCCGCCACCGCCUGCAGACGCUGAUGGAGGCGCGCCACCAGCUUAGCCAUGGACCUGCAUCGCGCGCGCAUGCACGAGGAUGCGCAGCCGCCUCAGUCGCGCCUCGUCGUCAUCGGGAGUUCAGGACGGGAGGAGCAGAGAGGAAAAAGAACGACGACUGGGUGAAAAGAAUAAGAGAAAGUGCUUUUAUACCUAGCUUAGAGAUGUUCUAAG